AUGGUUGAGACGGAAGAAAAGCAGAUGGUUGCGGCCAGUCUGAGGUUCGGUAAAACUGAAUUUCACACGCCCUCGCUUCAACAACGAUUUGAACAAAAAGCCAUGAGUCCAUCACGGUUAGUCGAUGAACUUGGCGUUUUGCUUCAGGCUUUGCAGCUUCCCCUUACUCUUAAAUCGCCUACAGAUCUUACACCGUCUCUUUUAUUAGCUAUCUUAGAAUCCAUAUUGUCCUCUCGUCUUCCAUUAUCCCACAAUCUUCGAAAUGGCCUGUUAUCCAAGUCUUCCUCAUCCAAGGAAGCCAAGGACGCCAAAAUACAGUGCAUGAAAAUCUUUCUCGGAGUCAUCGAAACUGAUGUUCUGAAGAAGGAUGUCGGGCUGAACAGGAUUGACCCGAGAAAACUGGCUAACGGAGAUUGGGCUGAGGUUGUGUUUGUAGGGGAAAUAUUGUGCUGGAUUGGAAGAGAAUCCGGUAUCACAAAUGCCCAUGAUGAUCGCGAAGAGCCUGCGUGGCGCUUGACUCCCUCUACCGCUCCUGAUAUCUCUGAUAAUUCGACAUCUCAUCGCUCAACGUCGUCAGUACCCACUGCAGAUACCAGUCACAGUUUACACGACUUGGACCAUCUGCGUUCUUUCCGGUCGCUCUCCGUCCCAUCUUCCCCUCGGUUGUCGCCUCUCGUUCUUCCCCGGCCAAUACGACCGCAUUGUAUCCACGAAGUUCCGUCUUUUUAUGCGUUAGACGAUGUGGCCACUACUACUAGUGGCUCUGAGCCAUCUUCAUCGUCCGUGCGAUAUACAGGUCAUAUUCAACCUGUUGACGAAGAGCUGGAGCUCAGCUACUUCGAAAAUAGUCGACAUAGUAGGACGUUAGGCGAUCCAGAGGAUACAGAACUUGAUGUCUCGCAUCAGCCGCAGGACCUAUCUGCAUUUGCCGACCUCCUCGACCCGGAUCCCCUAGCAAAGACUAUAUCUCUGUUGCAACAGCGCGCCUUCUUGUUGCGUGAGUUGGCGAAAUAUCAUCACAAAGAUUGA